UUGUGUUUAUGCUUUAUUUUAGCAGAUUUUAGCGUCUGUGAUUGAGAGAGAAAAACAUGUCUUCUUUGCUUUCGGAGGCUUUCCCCGUCAUGACCUCACCGGGCCCCUCGGCUUGAAUGGGAUCCCUCAUCUCUCGAUCUGGCACCGACUGUCUCUACUGCUGCUGCUGCUGCUGCUGCUGUCCCUCCAAGCCCUGAUUUUACUAUUUUCUUCUUUUUUUUUAAAGGAUCUGUGAGCUUCCUUCUUGGUCUCUCUCUUAAAUCAGUCCAUUAAUGGUUUGAUGCGAAAUCAGCCUGUCUGAUCGGGGCAGAAGAGAGACGAAGCCAAAUCUCCAGUAGCCUGCGAGUCAGGUCCUUGGUAAUGGGGGGAUCCAAGAGUAAGCCCAAGGAUGCAGGCCAGCGAACCCGCAGCCUCGAUUGCAACCUCAGCUCUGGAGGAGGGGUGGGCGGCCACCAUCUCAACUCCACUCAUCAGUCUUUAACACCCAAUCGGAGCCCUACUAUAGAUGGAGGUCUCGGUGGCAAUCAGUCAGGGGGCAAUAAUGCAGAGCUGGCUUUGUUUGGAGGUGUGGACAAUAAUAGUGUCACCUCUCCAAACAGAAUCACACUAGCAGGAGGCGUGACAACCUUCGUGGCAUUGUAUGACUAUGAGUCUCGAACAGCCUCAGAUCUGUCUUUCAGGAAGGGCGAACGCCUCCAAAUAGUCAACAACACAGAGGGGGACUGGUGGCUGGCGCGCUCCCUGACCACCGGAGAGAGCGGUUACAUCCCCAGCAAUUAUGUGGCUCCAUCCGACUCCAUCCAGGCAGAAGAGUGGUACUUUGGCAAAAUCACACGCCGCGACUCUGAAAGGCUGCUGCUGAGUUUGGAGAACAGGAGAGGGACUUUCCUGGUGAGAGAGAGUGAGACCACCAAAGGUGCCUACUGUCUGUCAGUUUUGGACUAUGACAACACCAAAGGGCUGAAUGUGAAGCACUACAAGAUCAGGAAGCUGGACAGCGGAGGCUUCUACAUCACGUCACGCACGCAGUUCAGCACCCUGCAGCAGCUCGUCAACCACUAUCGCAAGCAUGCUGAUGGGCUGUGUCACAGUCUAACAGAGAUCUGUCCCGUGCUGAAGCCUCAGACUCAGGGCUUAGCCAAGGAUGCUUGGGAGAUCCCCAGAGAGUCUCUCCGUCUUGACCUCAAGCUUGGACAAGGAUGCUUUGGAGAGGUCUGGAUGGGAACAUGGAACGGUACAACACGGGUAGCAAUCAAGACUCUGAAGCCCGGCACCAUGUCCCCCGAGGCCUUCCUCCAGGAGGCUCAGGUCAUGAAGAAACUCAGACAUGAAAAGCUGGUUCAGCUCUACGCUGUGGUGUCUGAGGAGCCGAUCUACAUCGUCACUGAGUACAUGGGGCAAGGGAGUUUAUUGGACUUCCUGAAAGGGGACAUGGGUAAGAUGCUCCGCCUCCCUCAGCUGGUGGAUAUGGCCUCUCAGAUUGCUUCAGGGAUGGCUUAUGUGGAGAGGAUGAACUAUGUGCACAGAGACCUGAGAGCUGCUAACAUCCUGGUGGGAGAUAACCUGGUUUGCAAAGUGGCUGAUUUUGGUCUGGCUCGCCUCAUUGAGGAUAAUGAAUAUACUGCCAGGCAAGGAGCCAAGUUUCCCAUCAAGUGGACGGCUCCUGAAGCUGCUCUGUACGGACGCUUCACCAUUAAAUCUGAUGUCUGGUCAUUUGGGAUCCUGCUGACUGAACUGGCCACCAAAGGCCGAGUGCCGUAUCCGGGUAUGGUGAACCGGGAAGUGCUAGACCAAGUGGAGCGUGGCUACAGGAUGCCGUGCCCUGCAGAGUGCCCCGAAUCGAUGCACGAGCUGAUGCUGACCUGCUGGAGAAAAGAACCAGAGGAGAGGCCCACCUUCGAGUAUCUGCAGGGCUUCCUGGAGGAUUACUUCACCUCCACAGAGCCUCAGUACCAGCCAGGAGAGAACCUGUAACUUGGCUGAACAUGAAUAUGUGCAUGCGUUAUGCAUGUGCAAAAACUGAGCAUGUGCUUCUGUUUUAGAGUGCAUGGACCGGUAUGUGUGUGUACAGUCAAACGGGGCAGAAAGCCGACAACGUUCUGAGUACAAUCAGUAACUUUUCUGGCAUCAAGGAGUGUCAGCAGGACUUCAAACCAAUCAACAACGCUCAGUAGCUGCCUCUCUCCAAA